AUGGCCCCUUACUGGCAGACAGAAGCAGACGAGGCAAAGAGCCUCAAAAAUCCUGCAGGUGCUGAGAAAGUGUCCCCCAGCCCAGGCGUUGCCCUCCCCUCUGCCCCCCGCGACCUGGUCCCUGUCCUAGUGUCCAGCCGAUUUGUCCGACUCAGCUGGCGCCCCCCAGAGGAGACCGGAGGAGCCGUUCAGACCUACGGUGUUUAUUACUCCCAGGAUGGAGUCGAGAGGGAGAGGUCAGUGAACGUGUCGGAGCCGGAGUCUUUGGAGCUUACAGUUUCCAACCUAAAGCCGGAGGAGAGCUACAGCUUCAGAGUCGUCGCUUACAACGACGUGGGGCCAGGAGAGAGCUCCGCCCCACUCAAGAUUGCCACCAAACCUGAUCUCCAGGUUCCCAACAAGGUGGAGUCUCUCCGAGCAUCGGCUCUGUCUCCCACCUCCAUUCAGGUGAGCUGGGAGCAACCCAGCCAUCCCAACGGCCCCAUCCUGGGCUACAGACUGCUGUGGACCGAGAGUCCAUCAGGCAAAGAGCAGAGUGUGGAAGUGAAUGGACAAAACUACAAGAUGGAGGGACUCAACAAGUUCACAGAAUACACAGUUCGGGUGUUGGCCAUCAACCGCUACGGACCCGGCACCGCCUCAGAGGCCAUCAGCGUCACCACCCAAUCAGAUGUGCCCAGCGCUCCUCCACAGAACAUCACCUUAGAGGUCGUCCUGUCCAGGAGCAUCAAAGUAUCCUGGCAGCCUCCUCCUCGCGGCGCCCAGAAUGGGAUCAUCACAGCUUACAAGAUCAAAUACAGGAAGACCGGCCGGCGCGGAGACCAGGAAGCCAUCGAACCCAACAACCUGUGGUACCUGUUCACCGGUCUAGAGAAGGGCAGUCAGUACAGUUUCCAGGUAGCAGCAAUGACAGCAAAUGGGACGGGUCCAGCAAGUGAUUGGUACACCGCUGAGACGCCGGAGAAUGACCUGGACGAGAGUCAGGUGCCCGACCAGCCGAGCUCCCUGCACGUCAGGCCGCUCCCCAACAGCAUCAUCAUGUCCUGGACUCCACCGCUCAGCCCCAACAUCCUGGUCAGGGGUUACAUCAUUGGCUAUGGAGUGGGCAGUCCUUACGCUGAGACGGUCAGAGUGGACAGCAAGCAGAGAUACUACUCCAUCGAAAACCUAGAGCCGAGCUCGCACUACGUGAUUUCCCUGAAGGCUUUCAAUAACGCCGGGGAGGGAGUUCCUCUGUACGAGAGCGCCGUCACUCGAUCCCUGACAGACCCCAUAGACCCAUCUGAGGAUGACCUCUUCCACCUCUUUGAUAAAUACCCCACUCCCAUGCCAGACACCAGCACUCCCAUGAUUCCCCCAGUGGGGGUCCAAGCGGUGGCUCUGUCCUCGGAUUCAGUCCGUGUGUCCUGGGCCGACAACUCUAUGACCAAGAACCAGAAGUCGUCGGAGGUCCGGUACUACUCCGUCAAGUGGAAGACCAGCUACUCCACCAGCGGCAAGUACAAGUCUGCAGACACCACGGCGCUCAGCCACACCGUAACCGGCCUCAAACCAAACACCAUGUACGAGUUUGCUGUCAUGGUCACCAAAGGCCGCAAGUCCAGCACCUGGAGUAUGACGGCGCACGCCACGACGUAUGAAGCAGCUCCGAGCUCCGCCCCCAAGGAUUUAACAGUGAUAAGCCGCGAAGGACGACCCCGUGCCAUUUUAAUCAGCUGGCAACCACCAAUGGAGGCCAACGGGCGAAUCACAGGUUACAUCCUGUAUUACACACUGGAUAAGAACAUGCCGAUAGACGACUGGGUGAUGGAGGCGAUCACUGGCGACCGGCUGACCCACCAGGUUGUGGAUCUGAACCUCGACACUGUUUAUUACUUCAGGAUUCAGGCCAAAAAUGCCAAAGGAGUCGGCCCUCUGUCUGAGCCCGUCCACUUCAGGACGGCCAAAGUGGAGCAUCCAGACAAGAUGGCCAAUGAUCAAGGUCGAGGAGGAGAACACAGCUUCUGGCCGUCCGACACCAACCCAAUUGACAGAAGCAGCAUCAACGAGUCUCCCAUUGGUCAGAUGCGUCCACCUCACGGUAGCGUCACCCCCCAGAAGAACAGCAACCUCCUGGUCAUCAUCGUGGUUUCCGUGGGAGCUGUCACCGUGGUUGUGGUCGUCAUCGUGGCGCUCAUCUGCACGCGGCGCUCCUCCGCCCAGCAGAGGAAGAAGAGAGCGAGCCACAGUGCCAGUAAGAGGAAGGGCAGCCAGAAGGACCUGCGGCCUCCGGACCUCUGGAUCCACCACGAGGAGAUGGAGAUGAAGAACAUGGAGAAGGCUCCCAGCAUCGCACCGUCCGGACACGAUUCACCCAUCCAGUCCUGCCAGGAUCUCCCCCAGGUGGCGCACAGCCAAUCAGAGAGCCAGAUGGGCAGCAAAAGUAGCCACUCGGGAGCAGAUGCUGACGAGGUUUCCAGCAGCAUCUCCACUCUGGAGCGCUCCCUGGCUGCCAGGAGAGGAACACGAAGCAAAAUGAUGAUUCCCAUGGACUCGCAGCCAAGCAACACACCGGUGGUCAGUGCCAUCCCAGUGCCAGCUCUGGAUUCCUCCCAGUAUCCCGGCAUCCUGCCUUCACCUUCCUGCGGCUUCACUCACAACAAGUUCAGCCUGAGACCAAUGCCUUUCCCCAGCCUGACUGUGGACAGAGGAUACACACCAGCUAUGCCCUCGGACCCCUCCUCCAAUCCUCUCCUCCAGCAGCAGCCUCCACCUCAGCAGGCUGCUCCUCUCCUCCCCGGUUCCUCCGCCCCGCCUGGGGAGCACGUUCCCACGGUAGGCCCGGUCCCGGGUGCCCCUGCAGCCACCGCUGCGGCAGAGGAGGCCCAGGUCGGGAGCAGUCGGACCAUCCCGACAGCCUGCGUCCGGCCCACCCACCCGCUAAGAAGCUUCACCAACCCACUGCUGCCACCGCCCAUGGGGACCAUCGACCCCAAGGUGUACACUUCCAUGUUGCCACAAUCCAGUGCGAGCCUCCCAAAGCCCCAGGUGAAGACGGCCUCUCUGGGUCAGGCUGGUAAGGCUCGCUCUCCUCUGCUGCCUGUCUCGGUACCGACGGCGCCGGACUUACCGGAGGAGGCAGGAACAAAACCUGCUGAGGACUCAGCUGCAAAUGUUUACGAGCAGGAUGACCUGUCAGAGCAGAUGGCCAGUCUAGAAGGGCUGAUGCAGCGCUCAAUGCCAUAACUGGCUCCGCCUUCUAACUCUGAGCCCCGCCCGCCCCGAACCACGGUCCAGUCUGGAACCCUUCUUCAAGCCUUGCUGCCACCUGCUGUCUGGUCUUUCAGGGCAACAACAGGUCAAUCUGGGUUUAAAAGAUGCCUCCGUGGGAUCAGAUCUCCAUUGUGCUGGGUUUAGUCUGCUUGGUUCUGCUGGUCUCUGCUACCAUCCACUGGGAUCGGGAUUGGAAAAGGGAAUUCAAAAGAGGAUAAACACUACAGCACACAGCAUCAAGACAGGACCAGUGUUGAGGGGCUUCCUAUGGGAGUUCAAACUGAAACCCCUUUAGACCCCCUCAACCUCAAACACAAAACUAGAAAAACCCAAUGCCUAGCGCCUCGACUUAAUGAAACAGGAGGAAAGGAUUAUCACAAAAAAGAAGACAAAAUUAUAAGCUCCCUCCUGUUUCUCUUAUUUGUGGUAUUUAUUAGCAUCCUCCUCCGCUGAGUGAUCUUCAGCUCAGUUACUGUGACUGUACCUCACUUAUUUUUCACGAGCGAUGUUCUUUUGGUCUUUUUCUUUGAGUAUUCCAACUUUGUGCAUUUACAGGAUGUGCUUAUGGUUUGAAAAUGCAACACAAACCCACAGUAAGAAAUGGAAACCGCAUCCUCAGCCACCAAAGUUUCACCAAAACUUCUUUUAAUGUGGAUCCAAGGUUCCUGCUCCGGCAGAGCGAGGCGAUCCACGCCAGCAUUUUUCUCACCGUUUAUUUUUGAUUUUUUGUGUCUUGAACAAAACUGAAACACACAUCAAGCCCAUGGUACCCUUGUCCUUCCUGGAUUUUGAGAUUAAAAUUGUAAAGUCCGGUCUGAAUCAUCCGGAUCUGGAUUCUGCUAACUUUAUUCUUACAGGACUGUAUAAAAACCUCUAUAGACUCCCACAGUUGGUUGCUGCUCCUGACCAAGCCUUUACUUGUCCCUAACCCAGAAAAUGUCCAAUAUUUACCUACAAGGACUCGUGUCGUUGCCAAAUUCUCAUCUCUGAAAGCUUCUUGUAACUCUCUUUGUUUUUGCUAGUUGUUCAAGUCUGGCCUAAACGUGGACUUGAAGUCGGUGAAAAAAGAGAUCCGUGGUUAGAUCGCAGUCACUCCAAACACGCUGCGUGUGCAGCGUCGCCCCCUGCUGUCUGGAGAGCUAAAGACAGUUGCAGUGUCUGUUUGGGACACUAAUUCAUGUGUUCACGAAAGAUAAAUUCUGAAGGACGCUCGCUGAAUCAAGGUUAUUAUAUUAAAAACAAACAAAAUACCAAAUCACAGUUAGUUGUCUUGAGAAAAAGGUGAUCGAGUCUAAGAUCAUAAAACCAGGAUCUUGUUGUCUGAGGAUGCUGAGUUCUUAUCAAAAAUGGAAGAAAUGGAUUUGAUGUUACCUUCAUGUUUAAGUUAUUAUUAAUGUUAUUACCUGGGGUCAGAGAUGAUGGGGCAGCGCCGCUGAUGAUGAUGAUGUGAGACCUGAUCUCUGUGUCUCUGCUUAUUUUUUCCCUGUGCCAUUUCAGUGUGUCUGACUGGAGGCGAGUGUGUUGUAUCCGGGCCUGCUUUUGAUGAAUCCAUAUUUAUUUUUCAUAAGACGAACACACGCGUACCUCUGUCGACCUCAGCAGCAAAACAUCGGCUUCACUUUGAGUUCCUUCAGUUUUUAUACAAAACGUAAUGAGAGAAAAUGUGACAAAAAGAUCAACACAAAUAUUACUUAUACAUAAGUAUAUUUUUACAUUUGGUGUCCUGUCAGAGCUCAGUUGUUUUUUUCUUUUAGCCAUAUUUCUGCAGACAGCUUCUUAACCGCAGUGAGAUCUGAUAACCUCCAGCCUUUGAACACAGUUUGAUUUCUUCAUUACGGGUAUAAAGAAACCUUUUGUGCCAUUUUAGUUUCAUCUGACAAAAGGUGGAAACAAAUUGCAAAGAGGAAUUUAAACCUUCGAGGUGUCCUCUGCAGCAUCUGCUCUGCGCUCUUUAAACAGCUGGAUUUGCAUUGACAGCAGGCGAGGAGAAUCGGGUUUGGAGGAUUCAGUGGAGGUUUGAUGGGUGGGGAUGUUUUUGUUUCCCAUUGUGAAGAAAAUUGAUCUGUGAAAAGUGACGGGAUAAGACGGAGAACAAGGUGUACACUGUUAAAAAUCCUGCUUAAAGUCCAUCUGCUCUGGAGUCUUGGUGGAGGUCACUACCUGCUGGUGCAGCCUCAUUCAGCACCGUGAUGGGAAA